AAAUCAAAGUGAGAAGAGAUGACUGAAAAGGAGUCCUCGUUGAGCAUUCCAAAGCUUGAUGGAGAUUAUGAGCAUUGGGCAAUGCUCAUGGAGAAUUUGCUGAGAUCCAAGGAGUGGUGGGAGCUGAUCGAGACUGGGAUCACUCAGCACGGAAGAAACGUGACGUUGACGGAAGCUCAGAGAACCGAGCUUGCAGAUCUGAAGCUCAAAGACCUCAAGGUGAAGAACUAUCUCUUUGCCUCCAUCGACAAAAAUGUUCUGAAGACGAUCGUGAAGAAGGACACGGGAAAGGACAUAUGGGAGUCUCUGAAGGCAAAGUAUCAGGGCAACACACGGGUGAAGAGUGCACAGCUUCAGAGGCUGAGAAGAAACUUUGAAGUGUUGGAGAUGAAGGAGAGUGACUCAAUCACGGACUACUUCUCCAGAGUCAUGAUGGUGUCUAACGACAUGCGGAAUCUUGGAGAAGAGAUGCCAGAUGAGAAGGUAGUCGAGAAGAUCUUAAGAACACUUGUUGAAAAAUUCACCUAUGUGGUCUGUGCGAUAGAAGAGUCAAAAGAUAUCAAAGACUUGUCGGUGGAUGAGCUGCAGAGUUCACUACUUGUCCAUGAGCAGAACCUGAGUAAACACACUGGAGAGGAACAAGCACUGAAGAUGGAAGGAGGAAGAGGACGAGGUGGUUAUUCUAAUGGACGAGGGGGAUAUCAGAACAGAGGAAGAGGCAGUUACAGAGGAGGUCGUGGAGGAUAAGACAGAGGAAGUGGAAGCUUUGACAAAAGCAACAUCGAGUGCUACAAGUGC